AGGGAUGAACAUUUGAUUUGAUAUGGAUAUAAACAGAUUUUAAUAUAUUUCACACGUUUAACAGAGUUUUAUUACCCGCGUCAUUGCACAGGCUCAAUGACUAGUGUGUACUAAAAUUAGUAAGGAAGAAAAAGAAGGCGAUUUUUCUAGUACCAAUAAUAGCCAUGUAACCAGCCUGGAAGUUAAGAGACACUAUUUAUAGUAAAAUAGAUAAUUCUGUUAAUCUAUCCAUACACCUCAUUGACAGCCUCAGCUAGCUAUGAUGUUCUUCCUCAAAGCAGCUAUUAAGAUCUCAGCUCCCUGAGAAGUCCCAUCGAUCUUGAUACCAUUGUUUGGUAAAUUCAACCUAUUUUUCGAGUCUCUAGUCCUCGAGAUCAAUUUUGAUGUCUCCAGAAUUUGAAAUCUUGCCUUCGUUCUUCAUAUUUCAUUUGUUCCAUCGUAUCGAGAAUUUUGACCAGCUACAAUAGACCCUGUAAUCCAAGAUAGCAUGUGAGUCUUUUUUGUUGAUCUCAAACUUCUGAAAAAAAUUGAGAGCUUAUCGUGUUGCAAAAUUCAGGUGGAGUAGAUAAUGAGGCAUCUCUUUUCCUCGUGACAAUGUCUCAUCAAAUUCUUCAGGCCUCACCCGUUUCCAUUCCAAAAUCACCAUCUUCCGAGAAAGUGUGCAAGGAAAAGGAGAAAGAUAAGUCAGCUCCGCAGAGCGCUGUGACUUAUGUCUAUCAAGCGAAAGUAGCUGAAUUGUGCUGCAAUGUCACAGCGACAUGGUGUAAAAACCUAACUAGCCAUUCCCUCUGCAUCACAGUGGAAAAGCCUUGUCAACAAAAUCAGUGCUGUACUUGUAAGAUAGACUUAAGCUCAACCCAGUUUUGGGGCAAGAAAGGUCUCAAAUCGUUCGAAGUAGAUGGAAGACGGGUGGAUGUGUACUGGGAUUUUCGACAGGCGAAAUUCUCCUGCACCCCAGAGCCAUGCUCGAAUUACUAUGUUGCCUUGGUGUCCAAACAAGAGGUGGUUUUACUGCUGGGGGACUUAAUGGAAGAUGCUUAUAAGCGGACCAGAUCAAGAUCAUCAUCGGAAGAGGCUAGGUUGAUGUACAAGAAGGAAAAUGUGUGCGGGAAAGGAUUGUUUUGCACCAAAGCCAUGUUGGAGGAAGGGAGGAAAGAACAUGACAUUGUGAUUGAAACGUUGUUGUCCGGGCCCAAAGAUCCUGAAAUGUGGAUUAGCGUAGAUGGGACAGUGGCAAUUCGGAUUAUGAACUUGAAUUGGAGGUUUAGAGGGAAUAAAACUGUGAUGCUGAAUGAUAUGCCAGUUGAAAUUUUUUGGGAUGUGCAUGAUUGGUUGUUUAGUAGCUUAGGCACAAGCCAAGGGUUUUUCAUUUUUAAGGCAGGGACGGUAGAUUGGGAAUCAUCGAAUAUCAAUUAUGAUUAUGGGAGUAGAAAUGGAAACUGCAGCAGUUGCAGCCUGCAGCACAGUCCAUGUAACUCACCAAAAGGCAAAGGGAGCUCAUCAAACAUAGGAGGGUUUUGCCAUUUUCUCUAUGCUUGGAAAACCGAGUGAGACAUUUUGAGCGGUAUAUAAAUCACGGUUUAGUACUCUUUAUUGUUAGUUCAAUGUCCCUCUAGUUCGGUAUUUGAUUUAAAAGUUUGUAACCGGUUAC